UACCAUAUCAUACCAUACCAUACCAUACCAUACCAUACCAUACCGUUUCAUUCAUUUUCUUUCACGAAAUCUUAGCAGAUUCUCUAAGCAUGGAGACGUCCACUCUCACCGGAUUGCUGAAGCACGUCGCCGGAAACUUCCCCUCCCGGCGAGCCAUCUCCGUUUCCGGCAAGUUCGACCUUACACACUCACGCCUUCAUCACCUCGUCGAACGUGCCGCUUCUUCCCUCUUCGCCGCCGGCGUUAGGCCCGGCGAUGUUGUCGCUCUCACCUUCCCCAACACCGUCGAGUUGGUAAUUAUGUUUCUGGCUGUUAUUCGGGUGAGGGCCACGGCGGCCCCACUGAAUGCGGCGUAUACGGCGGAGGAGUUUGAGUUUUACUUGUCCGAUUCAGAGUCGAAGAUGCUGUUAAUUCCGAAGGAAGGAAAUGAGGCGGCUCAAGCCGCGGCUGCGAAGCUCAGUAUUCCGGCUGUAACCGCUACUCUGUCCGGCGCUGAGUCGGAUAUUGCUCUCUUCCCGGCUCAUCCCGAGUCGGACUCGGACGCGGUGUCGGAACUCGUUAAUGAUCCGUCUGAUGUUUCGCUGUUCCUGCAUACCUCCGGCACCACGAGCCGCCCCAAGGGCGUUCCCCUGACUCAGUUCAACUUGGCUUCUUCAGUGAACAAUAUUAAGUCGGUUUACAAACUCACCGAGUCGGACUCGACGGUUAUUGUGUUGCCUCUGUUUCAUGUUCACGGGUUGAUCGCGGGGAUGUUGAGCUCAAUCGGGGCCGGAGGGUCCGUGACGCUCCCGGCGGCGGGGAGAUUCUCAGCUUCGACUUUUUGGUCAGACAUGAAAACGUCCAAAGCUACGUGGUACACGGCGGUGCCAACCAUACACCAAAUCAUAUUGGACCGCCACCUCAGCAAACCGGAGCCCUUCUACCCGAAGCUCCGCUUCAUCCGUAGCUGCAGCGCUGCUCUGGCGCCGUCGAUUUUGGCCCGGCUGGAAGAAGCGUUUGAGGCCCCUGUUUUGGAGGCAUAUGCAAUGACAGAGGCGACUCAUUUGAUGGCUUCAAACCCGUUGCCUGAAGACGGUCCUCAUGUGCCCGGGUCCGUCGGGAGACCCGUGGGUCAGGAGAUGGCAAUUCUGGAUGAGAAUGGUGUAGCACAGGAAUCUGGGGCUCAUGGGGAGGUUUGCAUCAGGGGACCAAAUGUGACUAAAGGGUACAAAAACAAUCCUGAAGCCAACAAAUCCGCUUUUCAAUUUGGGUGGUUUCAUACUGGAGACCUUGGAUACUUAGAUGCCCAUGGAUAUUUGCAUCUAGUUGGUAGGAUCAAGCAGUUAAUCAACCGUGGAGGUGAGAAAAUAUCACCCAUUGAAGUGGAUGCUGUGCUCAUUUCUCAUCCAGAGGUUGCUCAAGCUGUUGCUUUUGGAGUUCCUGAUGACAAGUAUGGUGAAGAGAUAAACUGUGCAAUCAUUCCAAGUGAAGGAUCAAGCAUUAACGAAGAGGAGGUGUUGAGAUUCUGCAAGAAAAACCUUGCAGCCUUCAAGGUUCCAAAGAAGGUGUUCAUAACAGAUUCUCUCCCUAAAACUGCUACAGGCAAAAUCCAGCGGAGAAUUGUGGCAGAGCAUUUCCUUGCACAAAUCUCCAUUGCCAAGCUCCCCAAGUUUGGUGCCUAAGAAGAUCAGAGACUGUAUUCCCAAACUGCCCUGUGGGAAGGGACAUCAUAGUACAUUAUGUAUCCUAUGAAUAGAUAGCUUGUUGCAUCAAAAUAGCAAACAUUAAUUCCUUGUUGGCUGUCUAGUAUUUAGCUAAACAUUAUCCUGCAAUAUUUAUUGUCUCUUUUAAGUAUCUCUUUAUUUAUGUGGCCAAAUUAUUAUAUAGAAGCAAUGUAAACAGAAGGAAGUUUUUUUUAUCCUUCUUACAAGUAAAGCA